UAAACAACAUUAUGGGGUAAUUUAGAUCAAGUGCACACGGCGCGUUUUGCAAGCUUUUUAAAGAUCAGGUAUAGUUGUUUUUUUUAACGUAGUUUCCCGUGGUAAAUAAAUCUUAAAGUCUGUACAGUUUAGGCUGAAGGCUGCUUUGUGUAAAUCUUCAGAUUGACUGCUGCCUUACGAAGACUUCAGAUAAAAGGCAUUCUGCCAUUUUGUAUUAAGUCCUAAUCACUUAAAUACAGUGUUAUCUAAAUGCUAAUAUAUGUAAACUUGUGGCUACUUUAAAUACACUGGCAAACAACCAUUGUAUAUAAACUAGUGACUAAUGGCUAUAAUAUAACCUAUAGCCAAACAGCUAGAGAGGGAUUCACCAUGCCAGCACUUCUAGCUGUGUGGGAUUAUGCAGCAAUUGUUGGCUAUUUUGUUCUAGUUUUGGCUGUUGGGAUAUGGUCGUCAUGUCGCCCACACAGGAGCAGCGCCACUGGAUAUUUUUUGGCGGGGAAAACAAUGCACUGGUUUCCGGUCGGUGCCUCCAUCUUUGCCAGCAAUGUCGGAGCUCCAAUGUUCAUUGGUCUAGCCGGGACGGCGGCAGCUUCCGGUUUCUCGUGUGCUAUUUAUGAGUGGCAUGCUGUCUAUUUACUGAUAGCGUUAGGAUGGGUAUUCGUUCCUGUCUACGUCUCCAGUGGGGCCUUCACAAUGCCGGAGUAUCUAAAGAAACGUUUUGGAGGUGUACGACUUAGAAUCUACCUCUCAGUGUUCGCCUUCGUGUUGUAUGUGUUAACCAAGAUUUCAUCGGAAAUCUUUUCUGGAGCUAUUUUCAUGCAACAAUUCCUGGGCUGGAACUUAUACGCUUGUAUUGCGGUCAUCUUGUUGGUCACUGGGGUCUAUACCAUUGUUGGUGGGCUAACAGCUGUCAUUUACACAGAUACGCUUCAAGCGGUUAUUUUACUUAUCGGAGCAACCACACUUUUUAUCAUAACGCUGGUGGAUGUGGGUGGUUGGUACCAGUUUAUGGACAAGUACGCUCACGCGGCGUCCAACCUGACGCUGAGUAACCCAGAGAAUUACACGUGCGGACUGCCCAGGCAGGAUUUCAUGCACGUGUGGAGAGACGCAGUGACUGGUGAUAUCCCGUGGCCUGGGGCUGUGUUUGGACUGACCACCAUCGGCCUGUGGGUCUGGUGCAAUGAUCAGAUGAUGGUACAGCGUUGUCUGUCAGCUAAGAACAUCAGCCACAGUAAAGGGGGUUCCGUUUUCGCUGCAGCCCUAAAGAUUACACCUUUUUUCCUGUGGAUUGUUCCAGGGAUGAUUAGCAGAAUUAUGUUUCCAGACGAGGUAGCCUGUGCCGACCCAGCGACCUGUAAAGCUGUCUGUGGGAAUGAAGCCGGAUGUUCCAACAUUGCUUAUCCCCUCUUGGUCCUCAGGAAAAUGCCCACAGGACUAAGAGGCAUCAUGCUAGCUGCCCUGCUUGCUGCCCUUAUGAGCUCACUGACCUCCAUCUUCAACUCGGCCAGUUCCAUGUUCACAAUGGACAUCUGGACACGGUACCGGAGGAAGGCGUCACAGAAAGAGUUGAUGGUCGUUGGUCGAGUCUGUGUUCUGGUCCUGGUGGCCUUAAGUAUUGUAUGGAUUCCAGUAAUGGAAAGUUCACAAGGGGGACAACUAUGGACGUAUUUACAAACUGUAGCGUCUUGCAUUUCUCCCCCUUUUUGUUGGGUAUUUCUCAUGGCUUUGUUUUGGAAGCGAACGACAGAACAGGGCGCCUUCUGGGGCCUGGUCAUCAGCACGUGUGUGGGUGUUGUCCGGAUGGUCUUGGAGUUCGUCUACCCGGCGCCCCUGUGUGGAAGUUUCCAGCCAGAUACCAGACCCCUGGUACUGAAGGAAGUCCAUUUUCUUCACUUCGCCAUCAUCUUGUCUGCUGUCUCCAUCAUCAGCACCGUGGGGAUCUCGCUGUUGACCACGCCCCGACCCCCUGAAAAACUUCAUCGUGUGACGUGGUGGACACGUGACGACACGACUGACCCUGAGGAUUCAGAAUCUCAAUACGACUCUGGUGAUGAGAACAACGAUGUGGAGAAACCUGAGACAAACAGCCCAGCCGCCGAGCCCAAAAGGCGGAGUUUGAAAGUUUACUUGUACAACUGGAUCUGUGGCAUAGACGACACGCCCAAACCCAAGCUGACGGUGGAGGAGAAACUGAUCAUCAAGAAAAAAAUGAAAGACAUCGGCGAAGACCCUUUCUCGCGAAAGAUAACCGCGUUUGUUGCUAUUUGUGUCGCUGCUAUCACGACGUUUUUACUCGGAUUUUUUAACUAACACAAAACUGAAGCUUUAUACAUGACAUUUUAAACUGAGGCAUUGAUUAUUACAUUAAUAUAUUCUCGAAAUAUAGGAUAUUGAAGACAGUCGUAUUAUUUUGUAUUUUAAAC